AUUCUUUGACCUAGUUAAUAAGCUAAAAAUAUUUUUUUUUUCUUGGGCACAAAAAUUACACAACUUUAGAUUAUCCUUAGACAUGAUUUUGUUGUGAUUUAUGUAUAAAUUAUAAACAUUAAAGCUUAUAAAUCUGAAUUCAAAUGACUUUCUUCAGAAUAUAUUGUAGAAAAUGUUUGAUUCAGGAAAUUCCCAUCUAACAGUUUAUCGAUUCAUAAAAUGUGACUUACAAGAAAUAACCGACCUAUUUUCGAUUUUGUUCUAAGAAAACUUAAAUUAAAAAAAAAACAAUUUACGGUUAUAAUUUGGAAAUUGAACAAUGUCUUCUCUGACAGGUAGAGAUCUAUUUCAAUGAUUGAAGACUCUCUUUUUUAAUAUGUUAAGAUGAUGAUUAUUUGAGUUCAUAGUCAUACUUAGAACUAACUUUGUUGUUAAAUUAAAGUUUAAAGUAGACUAUUUUAGUUUCUAUUUUCUAUUUAAAUUAAAAUGUAAAUAUUUAAAUUUAGGCUGAUGCCAGGGCUACACUCACACUGUCACUACUGAGCUGUUUAAUAAAGUUUUUUUUUUUUUAAACUAUGUACAAAGAGUCCAAGCUGAGUCUUAUUUAACUUACUAAGUUGUAAUAAGAGUCUUCUUAGUUAACUUAUUAUUACUAAGAGUAGUCUGACUUAAUCCGACUAAAUUGUCUAAAUUGAUACUAUUACUAAUAGUAUUACUCAGACUGUUAGAGUAUUAGUAACUAGUAUUAUUAGUAGCAAUGUUAUGGUCAGUAUUAUUGUAACUGUAACUCUAAGUGAGCAGUUACUUUGUCAGUUUUAAAUGUUUUACUCAGUAUUUGGCUUGGACUUUGGUCAAAUAUGAUAAUGAAUGAUAAAUGUCACUCAACAAAUUAAAUACUGUUACAAAACGUAUUCAAGAUCAAGUUUUUUUGUUGUUUUUUUUGUAAAAGCAUCACUGUCUAAAUAUUAUAUUUUUUAGAUUCAGAAGAUGAGGCUGACCAGCGUCCAUCGUUUGGUAAAUCAUCUUCUAUCUCCAAGCGACAAGGAUCUAAAAAAUCCCCUUUUAAACGAACAUUUGCCAAGGUUACUGCAGGUGGAGAUGCAGGAAAGAAUGGGAGCAAUGAAAGUGAUCCGAUUCCUGCUAAAUUUGUUAAGAAAAAGGAUCCAAGUCAAAUGGAGAUGUCAGAAGCUGCUCGCAAAAUGAUGGUAACUGUGAAUUAUUAGACUUAGACUGAUAUUAUUCAAUUUUCUUUGAAGAAUGUUUUAUAAAAGUUUAACUUCUUAGCAUUUAAAGCGCUAUCAUAGUCAAGAAAGGGAGAGGAGGUUGGGGCGCACAUUACCUCUUCAUUAUAGUUAGUGUUACCCAUCAUUUUUUAUUCCUUUAAAUAUAUAGAUAUAUAUAUAUAUAUAUAUAUAUAUAUAUAUAUAUAUAUAUAUAUAUAUAUAUAUAUAUAUAUAUAUAUCACCAUUCAAGAUAAUGUAUAAAAAAACUGCUUUAAAAGGAAAUAAAGUAAGUCCAUUAUUCUUGCUAUUUGUUAAGUUUAUAAGAAUGCAUAACCCUGGCCUUUGUUUUUAAAAACAAGUUAUUAAAGUAGUAUUACAAACAUGUCAAGAGAUUUGAUCAAACCUGCAGAAAAAAAUAAUGCUGAAAGACUGUGGUGUUCAUUUUCAGCCAGGGAAACAACCCAAUUAAAAAUGUGAUGAGUCUAGAAUUUAAUGUUCUACAGGAGAGCUGAGUGUCUUCUGAAGUCUGAAGUGUAAGCCUUGAGAGAUGCAUUACUUCCAUUGAGAAUAGUUGCCUAACAUUUGAUGCAAGCUAAUGCAAUACAUAGCUAUAGACAAUUGAAACAACAUUUGAAUAUAACUUGUCACUCUAUUAGAUUAAUGAAAUAUUUUGUCUUUAUCCAAUGAUCAAAUAGUAUGUCUUUAUCCAAUGAUCAAAUAGUAUGUCUUUAUCCAAUGAUCAAAUAGUAUGUCUUUAUCCAAUGAUCAAACAGUAUGUCUUUAUCCAGUAAUUAUUAAUGUCAGGAAAGAAUGGGUUAAAUAUUAGAAAUAAUUUAUACAUUUUUACUAUUCAAUUAAAUUAUAACCUUUUUUUUUUUUUUACAAAGGCAAAAAUGGGUCAUAAAGAAGGUGAAGGUCUUGGUAAACAUGGCCAAGGUCGAACACAGAUUGUUGAGGCAUCAAACCAAAGAGGACGUCGGGGUCUUGGUAUGGUUGUUCCUGGAUUGGAACCAGCUGAUGUAGAUUGGGACUUUAAUAAGGAAGAGGUAAGAAAUGUUUGGUUGUCAAUUUAGGCUAAAAUUGUUUUAUUGAAUUAUCUGUAUUUUUCUUUUAUCAUACCAUGUUUAUUGAAUGUAUAUUGCUUUUUUAUUGUACCUUUUUGAAAUAAUUUCCUGUUUUCUUUUCAUUUUUAUUGUGAUAUUUGAUGAAUUGACAGAUCAUUAUAGAUGAGGUGGUAGAAUGGCUUCCACCUUACACUGGCAAGAUACCAUUUUUAGACGAAAUGAAGACAUGGAUGGUGGUUGGUCCUGUGAGUAUUUUAUCUACUGUUAAGUUAAUAAAUUAAAAUAUGAUUUUUAAACUUUUUUUUUCUGGCAUCCAUCCGUCAAAAUAUGAUGAGGGUGUAGACUUCACAGGAUGAAAUCACAAGGCCUGGGAUUUUUAUCUUUAGGAGUAUAAACUGGUUCCCUAGACACCAAAUCACCUGUCUCCACACAGCUGGAUAAUCAAAGGGAACACCAUGUAUGGAUGAUACUGCUUGGCACCAAAGCAUCACAGUUAUCGCAAUUUUUCAUUGUGUCAAUUUUAUCCCCCAACGUCAUCCAUCUCUGGGUUACCUUUUCUUAGAUGAUUUGCCAUCCAAGGUUAAAAGGUCCCAUCUACCCAGGGUGGUGGAAUGUUUUUGCCUGAUUUGGUCUUAGGUGUGGAUUUAGCUCCAGACCACAAGCUUGGGAUUGACUCAGUUUAGUCCAACUCUGUCACCCAGCAUCCAAAAUAUUAAAUUAUAUUUAACAUAAAAUAUUAUAUUACUAGGUUAAAUAUUAUGUUAUAUAUAUCUUGUGUGUAAUUUUUGAAUUAGCUUCAUCUUGCAUUAUAUUGCCUUUGAACGUAUUUAGAAGAAGAGAGAGAUUGAUGAUGAGACACAGUUUUGCUCAGAAGAAAGCCUCAAAUUGGUACUCAAUGGCAAGGUGAGAUUUCUUACUUCUAGCAGACACAAAAUUAAAUAUAUAUAUUUAUCCAAGCUUUUCACUGUUCAUUUUUUUAAAUUAAUAAAAAAAAUUUAAGAUAAUUGGUUUUCAAGGGUGAGAUGGUAUUAAGUGGUGGGGAGGAAAAAAAGUCUGUUGAUUCCAUGUUUUCCUGAUCUUUCUUUAGAGUGUAUUUGAUGUUCUUGAACCAGAAGAAAUGAGAAGAGCUAGAACAAAAUCCAAUCCAUACGAAACAAUAAGAGGGGCCUUCUUCUUGAACAGGUGAGAAAUAAUAAUAAUUUUCUUGUGUUGCAAUUAGCAAAGAUUUUUUGCAGUGGAUUUCUUGCAUGCAACCGUGGUGGUAAGGUUAGCUUGUGUUGUGAGUUGGGAUAUUCUGUUGACCAGGUCUUAUCAUUUGACCUGAAUACUUCACUGUCACAUGCUAUAAGCAAGUUCCUCUCAGGUAGCAACACAGUUAUCAUUCACUUCUCCACAGAGCACAUAGCUUGACAAGAUAUACUUUGACAAUGCUUAAAAAUAACUCGCUUCAACAUUGCAUUUUUACUAAGUCAUUCCAUAUAGAGUUGAUCUUUGCCUGAAUCCACAUGUUGAAAAUCAAUUAGUUUAUGACCUUUACAGUGCUUCAUUAAAUUUAACCAAAUUUAGCUAAUGUUGGUUGAAAAUCAACUUAACAUCUUCAAAAAAUGUGUUUCAGAGCAGCUAUGAAGAUGGCCAACAUGGAUGCAGUUUUAGACUUCAUGUUCACCAAUCCAAAAAAUGCAAAAGGGGUAAGAGCUCUACUAUUUUUUCCAAUGACACCUCUACUUAAUUUAAUUUCAGUGUUUGGUUUAGUGUAACAGUUUCUUCUUCUUCUAUAUCUUAAGGGCCCACGAUCAAUUUAUUGAUCAUUUUGGCUCCUAUGCAUGUAGAUGGGAUUUGCAAUUUUUCUGUUUCUGGUGUUGAUGAGGAAAUUUCACUGAUUUCCAGUGCCACUUUGUAAGGGAAUCAUGCACUAGGGGUUUGACGGCUUGAGGCAAUAGACACAAAAGUGUCUAGUGUUGUUGCCUCAACCGUUCCUUUUGAAAGAUUGUUCCGGUCCCUGAUUGUCUUGGGCAGGAAUGAGCAGCUCCUAUACUGGCUUCUUGCUGAUAUGAGCCUGAAUUGCCUGUCAUGGCCUCGUCGCUGUCUAUGGGGGAGAGGGAAGAGUUUCUGUUUAAUACUGGAACAGUGGACCAGCCUAUUAUUUAUCUUGUACAUCACGGAGAGGCUGGAUUGUUGUCGUCGUUCCUCCCAUGGUGACCAGCCUAGUGUUUCCAGCAUGCUGCCAACACUAGAGGUAUUCCUGUAGGGGUUUAGGACAAAGUGUGCUGCUUGUCGCUGGACCGCCUCCAACCUGUCAAUGCUCUUCUGGGUAAAUGGGUCCCAGUCUGAAGAUGCAUAAUCUAAAAUCGGACGGACAAAGGCUUUAUAUGCUCUUUCUUUCACACAGGAGUUGCCAAUCUUUAGAUUUCGCCUUAAGAACCCUAGGGUCUUGUUUGCUUGGUUACAUACAUUGUUAAUAUGCUCGUCCCAGCGGACCUCUCUUUGAAUGGUAACACCCAGGUACUUUACGGAGGAAACUGGCUCAAGUAUAUGGCCGUGCAGUUCGUAUUGGUAGUGUAGAGGAGUACAACUUCUAGAGACUGAUAGUGCCUGGGACUUGGCAGGGUGAAAUUCCAUGUCCCAGCUCAUCUCCCACUCAGCUAACAGAUUGAGAUCCUGUUGUAGCUGGUCCUGGUCAGAUCUGUUGGCGAUCGUCCUAUACACCGCUGUGUCAUCUGCGAACAGACUUGCUUGUGAUGUCAGUUUCUCGGGUAGGUCAUUAAUGUAUGCUAGGAACAAACAGGGGCCCAGGACUGAUCCCUGGGGGACCCCUGACUUCACAUCGACAAAGGAGGAGCUUGUACCGUCCACCACUACUGCUUGGCAUCGGUGGCUGAGGAAGCUAGAGAUCCAUGUUUUAGUGGUGCCUUGGAUCCCAUAUAUCUGGAGUUUGUGUAGAAGCAAACUAUGAUUCACACGGUCAAAUGCCUAAGUUUUGUUGUAUUACUUAAGCUGUAGUUCUAACAUCAAUUCAGAUUUAUUAUGGAGAUACAUUUAUUUUCACUAUGUACAAGUAACAGAAAAUAUCUGUUAUAAAAUCAAAAGCUAAUUGUGCAUAAGCUUUGUUUGACAGAAAAGUCCUAUCUAAUUAUAAAUAGGCUCUCUUCAUAAAACCAUCAAUUAACCACUCAUUUGAAAAUGUUCUGUUUCAUGUUAUUAUUACUUGAGCUAUAGAGCAGUGCAAAGCUAUUUCUGUACUGAGACAGACAUAAAUUAACUUUGCUAUUUCAAUGUCCUCCCAGGAACCUCUAGUUGAGCCAAAUGAAUUGCUCUACUUUGCUGAUGUCUGUGCAGGACCUGGAGGUUUCAGUGAGUACAUUUUAUGGAGGAGAAAAGGUGAAUCUAAAGGCUUCGGUCUAACCCUAAAAGGAUCCAAUGACUUCAAACUGGAGGAUUUCUUUGCUGGGCCACCAGAAAUGUUUGAGCCUCAUUAUGGUAAGUAAAAUCUAUUUUCAUACCCUGGGAAAUUAUAGGAAAUGAGCGAAACAAAGUAUGGGAAAUCCUGAAAAAAGGGAUGCAACAAAACAACCAACAUGUUGGCAAGAAGCCUGCUCCAGCAAACAAACAACAGUAAAACAAUAUAAAAUUAAAAUAAACACUCAUUUGCAAUAUAGCAUCCGAGAGGACAGCAAGAGGAAAGUGACUUGUGAAUGUUGUUUGUUUACUCAAGAAGGUUUCUUUCUGACACGGUCGUUGUUUUCUUGUGUCCUUUUUUUUUUCAGGUUUUCCCAUUCUUUGUUCCCUCAUUUCCCUUUUACCUAAGCUGAUUGCAGUCUCUCCCUCUAGUGACCUGGGAAAUAAUUUUUUGCAAACAAUUUUAAAAGCAUUUCCUCUUUAAUUUAAAAGUCCAAAGUGAAGUCAUUUUUGUAGUCACUGAGAAAGAUCGAUAAAGUAAAAAAGUUAAAUAGAUCACUAUCAGCUGAAUCUUGGGGUGUACACUUCCACAUUUUGAGAAUUUUACCUUUCCAUAGGUGUUGGGGGGCUGCAAGGUGAUGGUGACAUCUUUAGAGCAGAUAACCAGGCAGAGUUUGACAAGUUUGUCCAUGCCAACACAGAUGGCAAGGGAGUGCACUUUGUCAUGGCUGAUGGUGUAAGCUUGUAUUGUUUUAGAUGAAAAUAUUUACAUUCAACAUACAUAACUAAUAAUGUAAAGGUACAUGUACAGCUUUGUAAGCUGUCUAAGUAGAACAUAAUAUAUAAGUGAUUUAUAAUUUUUAAUCAGAUAUGAGAUAAUCUUUAAAAUUACUUGAUUCCUUAUAAUUAGCUGAAGGGUAAUGCAUAGAUUGUGUCUAGUUGUUAAAUUGAGCCCAUUUAUUGAAUGAACUCAGUUUUCAAAACAAAUGUUCUGAUACAUAAUUAUUUCCAUUACAGGGCUUCUCAGUAGAAGGCCAAGAGAAUAUACAAGAGAUAUUAUCUAAACAGCUCUACUUGUGCCAAUUUUUGGUUGCUAUCAUGAUUCUUCGAACAGGUAAUCUUUCUGCUUUUUUAAAUAUUGUUGUUUCUACACCGUUAAGCAUAAUUUUUUUAAUGAAUUUAAUUAUGUCUGGAAUUGCCUCCUUAAGUUUUGCACAGCAUUCGUUUAACACAUAGUAAAAUAUCACAUUUUUAAAAAAGUAAAAAUGUUCUCUUUAUUUUAUGAAAACCUUAUCCAACAUUGUGAAAUUUAUACAUUUGUCAGUUAUCAUAGCCAACUCAUCAUCUGAAAUGAUCUUAUUCUUGGUUGGCUUGAUGCAUUGCAAUGUAAUAGCUGCCACUCCAUCUGAAAUCUUCAUCCCCAGGAGGUCAUUUUGUGUGCAAGUUGUUUGAUCUGUUCACACCAUUCAGUGUUGGUUUGGUUUAUUUAAUGAACAUGAUCUUUGAACAAGUGGCCAUCUUUAAACCUGUUACAAGUAGGCCUGCCAAUUCAGAAAGGUGGGUCUGGACUUGUUAAUAAAAAUUGCUACUGUUUUAUCAAUAUCAUCAGCCUGAAUUUUUUUUUGUCCUGCUGGAUUUUAAGAAAAGGUGUAAGAGCUUGUCUUGAUAAGACCAGACUGCUUAUUUAUUUAUUAGCCUUAGCUUGAACCUAAUUUAGUCAUUAGCUCUUAAUGUCAUUUUCUUAAAAGUUCUAUUUAUUUCCACUCAAUUGUGGUCUUUUAUCUUUAGAUGCACACAGAUUAUUGGUUUAAAAAUCCAAAAUGUACUUUUAUAUGAAUUCAAUUAAUUUUGUAUUUAAUGAAACGACUAAGCACAAUGGACUGUAAUAAUAUAUUCAUUUUGUUUUUUGCCUUCUCAUGUGGUUAUUAUGAAAGAAGUGAGCAUAAAUAUAUAAUUUACAUUUUUAAUAUAUUGAUAAUCCUUUAAUUUAACUUCUUAAUUCUUCAAGACUUUGGAAAGCAUGAAAUAUAAGCUCUCAAAGGUUUUGAAAGCUUUAAUGAAAUCUGCUGUCUUGGUCCUUUGAACAAUGUCACAAUCCAUUAAUUUGUUUCUUGUACAGAUACAUAGUUUGUAAAAACUUGAAGGCAGAUAAAGAUUCAGUGCAGCAGUAUUUUCACACCAUCAACUUGGGCUUAUGUCAGUACAUGUCGGCUGUGUCCUCACAGGACAUUUUACAUAUAGUGCCCCUAGACACCCUCACCAAUGAUGAGCCAUUUUUUACAUACAUUGUCAAUUCUAAUGAGCAGUAAGUCUUAAAUGUUUAUAAUUAUAAGUAAAACUUCCUUGAUGCUGAAAGAAAGAUCAUAUAUCUUUUAAAGUUUUUUUAAUACCUUAAAAUUGGCCUGAAUCCAAUUUUCCUUUAUAUUAUAUUUAAUUUAAAAGAACUAAGCAUGGGCUUUAGAAAUAAAAUUAAGUAUAAUAUAUUAAAUAAUUUGCAUGUGUUAAACUGGAAACAGUUCAUUGUGCAAGAAUAUAUUACUUUCAUCUUUUAUAGUGAACGCAAUAAAAGAUUGUUUAUCUUUUACGCAUCUCAAUAUUAAAAUUGUUACGAAUGUCUUUAUUUUUUAAACCUUAUAUUUUAUGCUUCUUCUAUCCAACAAAAUUUUGUUUAAAAUUCAUUGCAGACUUGCAAGACUACAGGCCAUCAAUUUGAAAAAAAUUGAAGUAUUUACAAAAAACAGGUACAAACUCAUUGCAAAUAAUAUUUUAACAUUUAUAUUCUUUAAAUUCUCUCCAUCUUUUGUUUCAUUUUUGUUAGUUUAGCAUGUGUUAAGUUUUCAUUUCAUAAUUGAUGCCGUUUAUUUAAAGUGAUACAAUUAUAUAUAUUCCAGUCAACUGUAUGAGACAAGGCAGUCUGAUGUUCGGAAAAAAUGUUUAGAGAAAUGGAAGGUGAGCAUUUCAUGAAAAAUCCAAUGACCCUAAUGGUAUUUCUCUAAAUUUUUCCUUUUUCAAUUUAAUAUAAAUUUAAAAACAAAAGAUACAAAUUACAGAUUGUUAAAUUUUUAUUGAAAAUUUGAAAGAAAAAAUAAUGAUAUGCAUUUUUUGUCUCAUUUACUGCAUAAAUGUGACAUUAUAUUUUGCUACAGAUACCAGAUGAAAUAAGAGCUCCUCCUGGGCGACCUGAUCCAAUGGCCACUUUCCGUGCACUUAUGAAGGUUUACGUUUUUGUUAUUUUCUGUUAAAUUAAUUAGUUCAAGAAUUAUUGUACCUACUUUUGGCUUUUAAAGAAAUGCAUUCAAAUCAAAUUUGUAUUUGUCUUUAGAAUAUAAUAUUAGCUCUAUAUAGUCCUUUUGUGAUAUAUGCUCAAUCACAGAUGUAAAUCAGAUAAACUUAAAAACAUUUUAAAAAAUGAAUUUUAAAAUUGUAUGUUAUUGACCUGUUUUGCAGGACAGCUCCAAAGAGAUUUUUGAAGAAACAGGCCAGGAAUUGACGCACAGCAGACUUCACACCAUCAAAAGCUUGUACAGCUACAGCUGUUUAGUGAGAGGUGAAGGAGCCAGUUUCUAUCUGCUGGGCUGUGGAGUGAGUCAUCGCUUUGUUAUCUCAUUAACAUCACAGAAUAGUUUAUUGGAGCAAUGCCCCUUUAAAUUUGGUCAUUUUUAUUUUAAAAAGUGCAUCCGACUUUUUCUGUGUGUGAUUAUUUGAUUUUAUUAUUAUUUCAAAGUUUUUUCAGUUUCCUUUUGUAGGAACUAAAUUAAUAUAUUAAUAUAGAGUUCUUGAUUCCCUGCUGUUUGUAUAAACUGUUUUGUAUAAAAAAAAAUAAGUCAUAAUUUGUAUUCUUUGUGUUUGCAUUUUUUCAUUAGCUCUUUUUAAUUUACAUAAGUCGUGUAAUUUUGUUGUUCAGAGAGCCAACUCCUACAAAUGGGAUGGUAAAUCCAAAAUCUGGUGGACUAAGUUGGAAUCAAGAGUUGAGCUGCCCAAUAAAACUUUGUUGGAAGUCCAAUCUGUGACGGAGAUGAAAGGGGAGGUAAGCUACUGGUGCCUAAUCUCCACACCAUCCUUUGAGCUUGGUUAGCAACUUAGAUCAUUAGUUGAAAUCAUUUGAUGUAUUUUGUUAGGAUUUUCUUUGAAAAGAUGCUAUUGAAAUGGGAAAUAGAAAAUCAAAUAUUAUGGUUAUACUGAUGUGUAUUGUUUUUGGUGCAUUAAAGGUAAAUAAAUAAUUUGGGGUUAAUUUUUACAUUAGGCAUUUUCCGUGCACUUAUUAUAAUAUUUGUCAUAUUAAUAAGAAUGCUAUUAUUUAAAAAUAAAAAAUUUCAUUGUGUUAGGGCAAAGGUCAAAGGCGUUUAACAACCAUCCAUGUUCUAGAUGCCUUUUUCCUUUGUGGUGAAGAUGUCCGAGGGAUGUCAUUUGAGAAAAGGUGAGUCUCUUUGAAUUUACUAUUGAUAAAAUACUUAGCCAACAUUUCUCAUUGGUUUCAUAAGCUUCUGUCGAAUUUGAAAUACACCAAAAACAUACAAUAUGUGACUCUUUGAAUGUUUUGAUAAAUAUUUCUAAUUUCUUGCUCCAGCAACAAAUUAGUUAAAUGAAAUUUCAUUUGAAAAGUCAUCAUUAAUGAAGGAUAACAACUGUAUAAAAUGAGUAAGUGCAACUAACUUAGUCUUAUAUUCCCAUUACAAAUGGAGGGAAAAAAUAUAUUAAAAUGGUUUUUAGACCUUUUCUUUUUAAAUUCCAGACAAGAAAAGCUCCAGAAGUUUAUAAAAGCUCUAUGGAAGCCAACAAGAUCUGACUUGACCCAAAUCUACAAACUGGACAUUUUUCCUCUCCACAAAGCACAUGAAAUAUUUGAAAGGCAAGUCCUGCUGUUGCUGGGUGCAAAAAUUUCUUUCAGAAACUAGAUCUUUGCUUCAUAGAAGCUGAUGUGAUGUGUUAGCUUAUUGGCCUGAUCAUUAAGGCCCUACUUUUGUUUGAAAAAUUACUUUGAAAAGAGGUGUGGUUGAUUAGGCGCACAACACUUUAGACUUUAAAAUAAUGCCAAUUCACAAAUAUUCUAUGCUAUUUUGUGUGCAGACAUAUUUACAUUGAAGUUCUUUGAUCUUCUUUCUUAUGACCUUUAUAUUUGUGAUUCUGUGGAACCACCUGAUGUUUUGGUUUCUAUUCAUGGAGGCUUAAAGUCUUUUCCAAUCUUUCUUUUCUGAAAUAUUCAAAAUUAAAAACCUUAAUCUUCUGAUUAUUUUCUCUCUUUAUGUCUGCCUAGAGUUCCAAAGAUCUGUAGGUAAAGCAAGAGCCUAUUUGCCUUCUGUGUUCUUUCCAUGAUAUUUGCCUCAUAUCCAAUAUCUUUGCUAAAGUUAACCUCACAGUCCUUGCUGUUUUAUAGCAAUCUUCAAUUUCCCUCCUAUCUUAUUUAAUUAAUUUACUUAUUUAUUUAUUUCUAAUCUUUUACAUUUCCCCUAAUCUCAUAAGCAAACUUUGAUUUCAUGGGACACUUCCGUAGUUAAAUAUGUCGAACUAUUUCCUGUAGACUACAUAUCUAUACAACAGGCUAAGAGUGUUUGUUUCUAUCUUGUAGACUACAUAUCUAUACAGCAAGUUAAGAGUGUUUGACUCUGUCUUCAACAGUUUUUUUGCUGUAGAUUAGGCCGAGAUUUUCACUUUCUGUUAUUGUCUUUCUUCAGGUUUUCCUCUUCUUCUUAAGCCUUUUUACCCCAUGUGGGGCAUAGGUGAUCCACAAGAAUUUUCCAAUCAUCACGAUCCUGUGCUUUCCUUUUCAAUUGCUUCCAGGUGUAUCCCAUAUUUUCCAUGUCUGCCUCUAGCUUGCGUUUCCAUUUAUUCUUAGGCCUUCCUCUCUUUCUUUUUCCCUGUGGAUUCCAUGUUAGGCAUUGUCUGGUGAUGCUACCUGGAGGGUUUUCCGAAAGUAUGCCCUAUCCACCUCCAUCUUUUCUUUAUGAUGUCUCCAAUCAAUGGGCACCUGGUAUGUCCUUUCUAGUAGAUCUUUGUUGGUGAUGGUAUUUGACCAUUUGAUGUUCAGGACCUUUCUAAGGCAUGUGUUUAUGAAGGCCUGUACUUUCUGCGUAAUGUUCACUGUUGUUUUCCAAGUUUCUGCUCCAUAUAGUAGGACUGUUUUGACAUUUGUGUUAAAGAUUCUGACUUUGGUUUGCAGCUACAGCUCUUUCGACUCCCAUAGUUUCUUUAAUAACACAAAUGGUGAUCUAGCUUUUCCAAUUCUAGCCCUUACAUCCGCGUCAGAUCCAGCAUUUAUGUCGAUGGUGCUUCCUAAGUAUGUGAAGGUCUCCACUUCUUCCAGGGCCUUUCCUGCCAGAGAGAUAUGUUCUUGGUUGCCUGAGUUUACCUUCAUGAUCUUUGUCUUGCUUUUAUUUAUAUUGAUUCCGAGCUGUGCUGAAAUGGCGGCUACGUCUUUUGUCUUUUCCUGCAUUUGUUACUGGUUGUGGGACGGAAGUGCAAUGUCAUCUGCAAAGUCUAGGUCAUUCAUUUGUUCCCAGAGUGUCCACUGUAUCCCAUUCCUCUUUUUGUCUGGAUUUUUUCAUUAUCCAGUCAAUGGCGAGGAUAAAUAGGAAGGGGGACAACAGAGAUCUCCUUGUCUGACUCCAGUUUCCACUUUAAAGUCAUCUAACUUUGUGGACCACCCUGCAUGUCAUUUCUUCAUAUGAACUCUGAAUGCUCCUGACUUAGGUCCCUGGUACUCCAUAGUGCAGAGGAAGUUUCCACAAGGUUUGUCAGUCCAGGCUAUCAAAGGCCUUUUCGUAGUCUCUAAAAUUUAUAUAUAGGGCAGUUCCAUUCAUGGACUAUUCUAGAAUUAUUCUUAGUGUUGCAGGUUUUCCUCUACCCUCUGUAUAUUUCUUAUGUGCAGUCUAGCUUAUCACAAAUAACCUAUACUCUUUUGUGUACAGACUUGCCAUGCGUCUAGUGAAGGGAUCAAACAAACCAAGGCUGUGUUACAGUACACACUCGGGCAGUUUCUUCACUCCAUCUGGACUCAGCAUCAUAAGAACUGUCAAAGGUAAAACAUAAUUGAAUUGUUAUGACAGUUAAUUUAUUUAAUUGUGCAGAAAUUAUGAUUUUUUUUUUCAUUGUCCUUUUUCUUUUUUAAUGUCCAUAUCCAAAUGAUGGUCAUUGCUUACCUGGUUUAUUUAAUGUCUAUAGUCAUCUCUUACCUGGUCUGUUCAAUGUCUAUAGUCAUCUCUUACCUGGUCUGUUCAAUGUCUAUAUCUAAAUGAUUAUCAUCUCUUAACCUGGUUUGUUUCAGAACCUUGGAGCAGGUGUCGCAGUAAAUCAACAGGUCACCUCUACUGGUACAACAUCAAUACCAACAAAUCUGUCUAUGAAUGUCCUCCUGAGUCCAAGGCAACUGUCAGGUUUGUCCAAAGAUAACUCUGUGUUCUCUCAGAGACUAAUUAUCAGUUAAUCCACUUCUCAUUGGACAGUGUUUUAGAGGCUAUUUCUUAUUCAUUUUUUAAUCUCCUGUGCUGUUUGGUCUGUUAAAAGCUUUCCUGUUCUAUGAGCAUCAUAUUUCCCUUUAUACAGCUUGUUUGCAAUAUCACUUAUGUUAUCCUUUAACAUUUGAUACAAAGCUUAGUCUUGCAAGACAUUUUAAUCUAUCAAAAUUUCAUGUAUCCUUAAAUAACCUGUCAAUUUGGAAAUGAAAAAAUUUCUUUUAGUUAGCAGUAGGAAAUUUUACAUUUGUCAAGUAAUUCUUACACCCAUCAUUAGGUUAAAUUAAAGUUUGGAUCCAAAAAAAUAAAUAUUUUUCUUCUGUCUAGUUUUUCAAGUAUCCAUGUCCACUUUAUUGUUUGUCUUUAGAGAUUGUAAAGCCACCAUGCUACAGUGGCAUUGGGAUGAAGGGGUCAAAGUUCAUGCUGAUCAAGAGAAGGAGGAUCCUGAGCUGGUCAGCAAGUCUCACUUCAUGGAGCACCUGGACAAGAUUAGACAACUCUGAGAGUGGUCUCACUUCACUGAGCACCUGGAUGAGAUCAGACAGCAGAUUGGUCUGCUUGAUGUUAAAAGACCCAUUUGGUUUACUCAGUUAGUUGAUUGUGGGGGCAGGUUCUCAAUAAUCUGAUAUCAUCACAGGAGUAGCCUCCAUGGUAUUAACUGAAAUUGAUUGAAAAAAUAUUGUUUGUAGUAUGUUUGCACUGGAUGACAGAAGGUCAGAUGUUUUGUUCCAUCAGUGAUGUCUGCUCUGUGGAUCUGGUAGAAAGGAUGAUUUUAAAUGAAAAACAAAUUGCUUUGUGUAUGUUUGCAUCAUGUGGAAAAGUGCCUAUGUAAUAAACUCUGUGACAUUUCAGUAGCUGGAUGGAUGACAUGGAUUUUUAGCAAUGUGGAUGAAUUUCCAGUAUCCAAUAAUUUUAUGGAAAUAUUUUCUUUUUUGUUAAUGAAAGGUGCAGCUGUUUUUAUGAUCAACAGUUAUAUUAAAUCAGUGAGAUUUUUCAUUACCUGUCAGUGGAAAAGUUGGUGUUGAUUUUAAUUAUUAAUUAUCCUGAUUACUGAAGUUAAAAAAUUUUCAAAUAGUACAGACUUACAUUUUUGUUGUGCAAGCACAUUUUUAAAAAAAGUGUAUGACAGAUAGAUUACUUUCACUCUCUAGUUUUACCUACUCAGGAUAAAACUGUAAUAUAUUAUUGUAGAGUGCUUUUAUAGAAGUUACCUAAAUUAUGGUUGUUUUUUUACCAGGCAUGUUUUCUUAAUUUUUUAACUUGAUCAUUUGAUGUCAAAUGUUUGUACACACAUUAAUGUAUGUGUACGUAGAAAAAAAGUUAAACAUGAACUAGAAUUAUUUGUUGGUUUUCAUAAAAACAGAUAAUUAGCCAAAAAUUAGGAGCAAUUUGGAUUAAAAAUUUUGUGGUUUAGUAAUACUGGGUUAUGUCCCAUGAUGAGUUAUAUAUGUAACAGUUUCUUCCCUUUCCUCAAUAAGUUGUACUUGAAUAAAUUUAGUAUUUACUGUGGAUUAUUUUAACAUUUUAUUCCUGUUAUUUUGCUGUACCAGAUUGUUUAUUAGGUGACUAUUGCUAUAGAUAUAUGAAACUCUCUAGUUUAGCGUUAUCUCACACCAGUAGAGCAGAGACUCUUUGACUGUGGUUGUGUUUCUGUAUUUAUCUUCCUUCUAACAUUUCAUUUUUUGGGGUAAAUUUUUGUCAUCUUAGUUGUGUUUUGUUUUUUUUUUGUUUUUACAGAAGGAAUUAUUUGAACUGAUCACAAAUCAUCUGAACACAUUUAAAGGUUAUAUACAGACAAAAUGUAAAAAUACAAAAAAUAUCACCUACAAAUCUGAGAGACUUUUUGUACUCUUGUAGUUUGGUGACUUGAUGGCAACCAACCCACUCAUCCUUUCUCUGACUGUACCGGUACAUGGACAACAACCGAAAUAGUUGAUGAUAACGAUAAAGACGACAAAAAUGUCACCAUCACAUUCUUAAUUUUUCUUUAAAUUGUUUAUAAUGUUAAAUAAAAUAAUCUUAUGCCAUUUC